UCUUUCCCUGUUCGAGUACGAUCCCCACAUCGUCUCUCCACUCUCAGCCUCAUCCUCAUCCUCAUCCUGCUCCGCCCUUUUCCCCUUGUUCUCUCUCGCUUGACUGGGUGGCCGGCAUUUAGCUUCUACCUUCUUCGUUCCAUUAUUUGAAAGAAUGGAUCGCGUGUCCACUCAAUGUCUUGGUGAAAGAAAAAAGGGUUUAGUUCCUUUCCUCUUAAUUGUCCUUCCCUCGUAGCAGAAAAGAGGCAAGAAAAACCAAGAAAAUAAUUCGGGGAUAUUUAAUGGUGGUAAAGCGCGAGCGCGAUGCUACAUCAUCAUCAUCACUAGCCUCCUCAUCAGCAGUGGUAUAUUACAGGGGGACGGAUAUGGAUAGUUCUGCAGCAGUUUUUGCCCUAUCUUCUACUUAUCCGUCCUUUCCCAGCGAAAUGGCGCCAGGUGAGGCACGACGCUCCUGCAGUUGCUCUAGAGGCGCCUCCCGCUCACCCUCCUUCGAGAAGGGGAUGUCCGACGCAUGAGCACCACUGCCUCACUCUCUCCUUUUCGUUGUCAACGUUGUUUUCUCCCACCGUUGGCCCUCGAACCGCGGUCCUGGAUCCGAUCGUUUCAUCCAUCCAUGGCGUCGCUCCUCUCUGCUACGCGCUCCCAGCCUCUCUGCUUCCUUGGGUGUCAGGGUGACGGCUUGUUUCCGUCUUCUUUCAGGUUUGGGUUUGAUCGCCGAUUCGGGAAUGGGAAAAAGACGAGGCACGUGGGGAGUCCUCCCCCGUCCGUGGCUUCGCCCACCAUGUGCGGUCAGAAGAGGGAUCACCUGUCCGAUCCCAACCUCAAGAUUCUCAGGCUUGCCCGAGAGAAGUUCACCCAGGAGAUAUCCUUUAGAUCUGAGGAUAAAGAUCUUUCACUAGCCAAGGCAUUGUUACUUGUUGCUGCUGAAGAUGAAGCUUUCCUGUCUUUCAAUCGAGACAUGGAUGCUUGUUCAUUGCUAAGUGAAAGGAAAGGUGCAACUGGUCAAUUCAAGGCUCUUUCAGAAGUUACUGAUGUGGAAGAUAUUUCUUUAGCAGGCAAGACCAUAUCUGGGUGGCUGAAAGAGUUGGAUGUGAUAGCAGCAGAAGUCAAAGCAGAGUUGAUCUCAAGGGAAAUAGGUUGUCAUUUAUUGGAAGUGUUGGAGGCUGUAAACGUUGUUCUUUUUGAUUCAAGAGGUUUUAGAAGAUUUCCUGUUCUUGUGGAUUCAAAGUUUUCAUACUUGCACACAGUGCUUAGCUAUGGAUGUGGCAGUGCCAUAAUGUUCAGCAUCAUAUAUAUUGAAGUAUGUCGAAGGCUUGGUGUUACUGUUGUGGGUUCUCGGGUUGGGGAAGAUUUCUUGAUUUGGCCGCAAUCAGGGAAUCUAGUGGAACUGUUCAGGUCUGCUUCAGGACAUAGCCUGUUUGCUACAAUAAAUGGCAGAUGCGUCAAGGAUCCUAGAUCAAAGGCUUCUGAGUUGGAUAGUGGUUCACUUUUAAGGCUUGAUAUAGCUACAAACAGAGACAUCAUUGGAAUUGCUCUAGCUAAUCUGAUUAGACUUCACUGGAAACGGGCUUCGAAGGCAAAUCAUGGCUUGAUGUUAACUUCUCCACUUAGGCCAGUUCAUCCUGGAAAAGACAAGGCUAACAUGGGGGAGACGUCACUUCCACUGUUGCGGCCCCAAGAACUCAGGUUGGCCAUUAUGGCAUCAGAAAGACUGCUGAUUCUUCAGCCUGACAAUUGGACUUUAAGGAGAGACCAUGGUUUGCUUUUGUAUUACAGCAGGAGGUAUGUUGAAGCCGUUCAAGAACUCAGCAUUUGCAUGGCUUUUGCACCAGAAGAGGAGGCUGAGAUACUGGAGCCAUUCGUGGAGAAGUUGCACCUGCUGCGGCUUUUGUCAUCCUGGGAGUGCUUGGAUCAAGCUGACUCAGUGCCAGUUUCAUGAAUUGUCUACACAAGAUUUGGUUCACUCUUCCUUUGCAGCCAUGCAAAUGCUGUUAAUGUUGAAAUCUGUCAGUGCUGGUGGCAUGUCGUUGUGGAGAUCACUCAAAAUUGUAUAGACGCAAUAAGAUACAAGGACGAUGAUGUGCCUUACUGAGAUUCAAUUUUCCUAGUUUUUGCAGAAACUCAAGUCUGUUGAUGGAGGCCAUCAUCAGGAUAUAACACAAUGCUUUAUUAAGAGCACGGUCAGGGAUUCCAACCUAGCAAUGCACAUUGCCAUCAGCCACCAUCACUUUCAAACUAGAUUCUGCAGGCGAUCUUACUUGCUGCUGUCAUCACUUUCACUACUCUGUUCCCUGUCCAGUAACAGUGGUAAAAAAAAAAGUCUAGUGACAGGGUUGAAACGAGACAAAAAAAAUGUCUUUUUUUUCUUUUUUAUAAAUUUUGUGGCUUUAGGGAAUGUCGAGCAUGGUAAAUUUUACAGAUUAGAGAAUUUGCGUCACCCUUGUCUAGGAGCAAGACAAAUCCUGCGCUAGGUGCUCUCCUUCAGAGCCUUGAUUGAUUAUACGUUCUGAUUGAUAUGGAAGGCCAAAAUGAUCUCUCUA